AUCGAGUCGGCGGUGCGACUACCUACGCCUGAACCUGGCGACGGGGAGGCAGUCGCAGAGACAAGUUCGCGGAAGCGUAGCUCGAUUUCGCGGUCGCCGUCACCCAGACGCGAUGCACCCCACCUUCGUCGAAGAUCAUCCUCUAGACCUAGAUCUCCACGGCGCAGUCACCGCGAAGGCAACGGAAAUGGACCUCUCCCGCGCGACGUGGACCGCUCACGGGCGAUGGAACGAGCGAGACAGCUGGAGAUGCGACAGCGAGAUGGUGAUGCUGCACCUGCCAAACCGCUCACUGAGGAGGACAAGCAGGCUGCGGCUAAGGCGGAAUACGAUCGUCUACUCAACAUGCGAUCUGGCGGCACAUACAUCCCUCCAGCUCGUUUGAAGGCUCUUCAGGCUCAGAUCACGGACAAGACGUCGAAGGAAUAUCAGCGAAUGGCUUGGGAAGCACUGAAAAAGUCCAUCAAUGGUCUGAUCAACAAGGUCAACGUUUCCAACAUUAAGCACAUUGUGCCGGAAUUGUUCAACGAGAACUUGGUUCGAGGUCGAGGGUUGUUUUGCCGGAGCAUCAUGAAGGCGCAAUCCGCCAGUCUGCCAUUCACACCAAUCUAUGCUGCGAUGGCUGCGAUUGUGAACACCAAACUACCGCAAGUGGGCGAGCUUUUGAUCAAUCGCUUGAUCAUCCAAUUUCGGAAAGCUUUCAAGCGCAACGACAAAAGCGUUUGCAGCAGCAGCACGACGUUUAUUGCGCAUCUCAUCAACCAGCAGGUUGCGCACGAAAUGCUCGCGGCACAGAUCCUUCUUUUGCUCCUGCACAAGCCGACCGAUGACAGCGUGGAGAUCGCCGUGGGGUUGAUGAGAGAAGUUGGACAGCACAUCGAAGAGAUGAAUACACAAAUUGGACUUGCGGUGUACGAUCAGUUUCGGAGCAUUCUGCAUGAGGCAGACAUCGAUAAGCGAGUGCAGUACAUGAUUGAAGUGCUGUUCCAGGUCAGGAAGGACAAAUACAAGGACAAUCCCGCGGUCAAGGAAGAGCUGGAUUUGGUCGAGGAGGAAGAUCAGAUCACCCACAGGCCUGGACUCGAUGACCAAGUGACAACGGAGGACGGGCUCAACAUUUUCAAAUUUGAUCCUGAAUUCGAAUCGAACGAAGAAGCAUACCGCAAGCUCAAGGCCGAAAUUCUGGGCGAGGCGUCGGGCAGCGAAGAUGAAGGUGAUGAGGAUGGCUCGGACGAGAGCAGCGACGACGAAGAGGACGAGGCUGAGAAAGCGGUCGAGAUCAAGGACCAAUCUAACACAGAUCUUGUAAACCUUCGGAGGUCCAUUUACCUGACGAUCAUGUCGUCUGGCCAGUUCGAAGAAGCAUGUCACAAGCUGAUGCGCAUCAACCUUCCAAGCGGCAAAGAAGAGGAGCUGCCGUCCAUGAUCAUCGAGUGCUGCAGUCAAGAACGGACAUACAACAAGUUCUUUGGUCUCAUCGGAGAGCGCUUCUGCAAGCUCAACCGACUUUGGCAAGACCUGUUCCAGGACAUGUUCACGAAAUAUUAUGAGACGAUUCAUCGCUAUGAGACCAAUCGUCUCCGCAUCAUUGCGCAGUUCUUCGGACAUCUCCUCACAUCCAACGCGAUAGGAUGGCACGUCUUCCACGUCAUCCGACUCAAUGAGGAAGACACGACCAGUUCCAGCCGUAUCUUCAUCAAGAUUCUGAUCGAGGACCUCGCGCAAGGCGUCGGUAUGAAGACGUUGCAAGAGAAGUUCAAGGACGAUGCACUCGCUCCUGCGCUUGCGGGCAUCUUCCCAACGGACGACCCGAAGAGUACGCGCUUCAGCAUCAACUUCUUUACUGCGAUUGGCAUGGGCGCAUUGACUGAGGGAAUGCGAGAAUGGCUGAAGAAUGCGCCGAAGCCCGCACCUGCUGCACUGCCUGCAAAGGAG